AAUAAACGACAAAAACAAAAGUUUACCAAAAUGGCCGAACGAAAAUCACCUAAUAUCAUCAUCACGGGCACGCCCGGUGUCGGAAAGACGACUCAUUGCGAGAGUCUCGCUGAACGAACUGGCCUUCGUCACCUCUCAGUCAACCAGGUUGUGAAGGACAAGGAGUGCCAUGAAGGAUACAGCGAUGAGUUCCACAGCUGGAUCGUAGAUGAAGACAAGUUGCUUGAUGCUAUUGAGGACGAUGUCAAGGCUGGUGGAUGCAUCAUUGACUGGCACGCAUGUGAUCUUUUCCCCGAGAGCUGGAUAGAUCUAGUCGUGGUUCUACGAGUUGACUCUUCGACGCUCUAUGACCGUCUCAAAGCAAGAAACUACCCUGAGUCCAAGCUUCAAGAGAACCUUGACUCAGAAAUCAUGGAAGUUCUCCUCCAAGAGGCACAUGAGGCAUUCGACCAACAAAUUGUCAUCGAGUUGACAAGCAACAAUUCUGAUGAGAUGGACACAAACGUUGAUCGCAUAGUUGCCUGGCUCGACCAAUGGAAGAAGGACAACAGCGAGUAAGAGAGUUCUUCCAAAGGCAAAAUUUGAGGGGAGAAUAAAUUCACUCCAGGGGUUUAAGGCCUGGACUACGGUUACGGCAUGGAUGGGUUGGUGAAAAUAGAUUUUU